AUGUACGAAUCCCCGUACUCCACCAGCGCAGAUCCAGAACCCAAAAAGGGUUAUAAACAGACAAAAGUGUUUGUCAGUUCUCAAAGAAGCCUCUUGAAGGGGAAACUGAGAAGGGUCAGCAGAAACGUAUCACCGAAGAAAGAAUCCACAAUGGAAAAAACAACUCACAGUUGCUUCUUACUGAUUAUACUUCUAAUCAGAAUGGCUCCAAGUCUUACUUCUACUGUCAAUUAUACUGAUCCUACAUUAGAGCCUGUAGUAACUGAACAUUCACCAGAACGACAGAAGAUAAUAGAUUCACAGUUCAAAUGCUAUGAGAGAAUGAACAGAGAUCCACCAUAUAGAAAAAAAGGUCUGUUCUGCAACCGAACUUGGGAUGGAUGGUUGUGCUGGGAUGACACACCUGCUGGAAGUUUCACUGAUCAGAAUUGUCCAGAUUAUUUUCCAGACUUUGAUCCAACUGAAAGGGCUUCAAAAUACUGUGAUGAAACAGGAAAUUGGUUCCGACAUCCAGAGAGCAAUCGGACUUGGUCCAACUAUACAUUGUGUAACUCCUUCACCUCUGAGAAAUUGAAGACGGCACUCAUACUUUAUUAUAUGGCUAUAGUAGGCCAUGCUUUGUCUAUAACUUCACUAUUGAUUUCCCUGGGGAUUUUCUUCUAUUUCAAGAGCCUCAGCUGUCAAAGGAUAACACUGCAUAAGAAUUUGUUUGUCUCCUACGUUCUUAACUCUGUGUUUACCAUCGCCCACCUCAUCACAGUAGUGCCUAAUCCAGGCCUUGUAAAAAGGGAUCCUGUAAGCUGCAAGGUGCUGCAGUUUUUUCACCAGUACAUGCUGGGUUGUAACUACUUCUGGAUGCUCUGCGAAGGCAUAUAUCUUCACACUCUAAUUGUGGUGGCAGUAUUUGCUGAAGAGCAGCGUUUGCACUGGUAUUACCUCUUGGGCUGGGGGUUUCCUUUAGUGCCAGCAUCUAUUCACGCUGUUGCAAGAGCCAAAUACUUCAAUGACAACUGCUGGAUGAGCGUUGACACUCACUUGCUCUAUAUUGUUCAUGGACCCGUAAUGGCGGCUUUAUUGGUAAAUUUUUUCUUUUUGCUUAACAUCGUCCGAGUUCUGGUGACAAAGCUAAGAGAUACUCAUCGGGCUGAGUCCAACAUGUACAUGAAAGCUGUCAGAGCCACACUAAUCCUGGUGCCCUUACUAGGAAUUCAGUUUGUCAUUAUUCCCUGGAGACCAGAAAACAGACUUGCUGGAGAAAUAUAUGAUUACAUCAUGCAUAUAUUAAUGCAUUACCAGGGCUUACUUGUUGCAACUAUAUUUUGCUUCUUCAAUGGAGAGGUACAGGGCGCUCUAAAAAGGCAAUGGAUGCAGUAUAAGACCCAAUGGGGGCAAAGACGACGCGAGCACUGCUCUACGCGAUCUACCUCCUACACAGCAACAUCUAUCAGCGAGGUCCCCGUUUAUCUGAAUCACCAUGAUUCCACCAACGAACAGUUAAAUGGAAAAUACAUAGAUGACUCUGAACUCAUUGCAUUAAAAUCUGGAGAGACUUCUGCCUAG